AUGACUAUCGAUGAUGAAACUUAUACUGCUCCAAAUUUCCAAGCAUUAAGAAAAUCAAACCAAACCUUUUAUUUAUUUGGUGAACACAUUUCAAAAUCAAGAGCACCUUUUUUACACAAUACAACUUUUGAAAAACUUGGAUUAGAUUGGGAAUAUAAACUUUUCGAAAGUUCAAACUUUGAUGAUUUCAACUCUAAAUUUCAAAAUGAAAAUUUGAUUGGAAGUGCAGUCACCAUGCCCAAUAAAGUUAAAGCUACACAACAUGUUGAUUCACUAGAUGAUAUUGGACAAGGUUGUGGAUCCAUCAAUACCAUUUAUACAAGGGUCCAUCCAAAAACUGGAGAGUUGGUAAAGAUUGGUACAAAUACAGACACUGUUGGUAUCAAAGAAAGUUUCUUACAAAACUAUCCAACAGAAACACAACAACUAAGUUCUAAACCAGGUUUAGUUUACGGUGGUGGUGGUGCUUGUAGAUCAGCCAUUUUCGCCCUAUACAAAUUAUUAAAAGUUCCAAAAAUUUACAUAAUCAAUAGAUUCAAAGAUGAAGUGGAACAAGUUAAACAGUCAAUGGUUGAAAAUGAAUUUGAUGGUGAAAUUAUCCACGUGGAAAAUCCUCAACAGGCUAAAUUAUUGGAACAACCAAAAUUAGUGGUUUUGACAGUUCCAAAUUUUGCACCAAAGACAACUGAAGAGAUAUUGGCUAGAGAAACUUUGGAUGUUUUCAUUAAGCAAGAUGAACCUGGUAUUGUCUUAGAAAUGUGUUAUCAUCCAAUCAUUGAAACUCAGCUAUAUAAUGAUUUUGUAAAAGCUGAAUGGAGAGUUAUUAGUGGUGUUGAAGCUAUGAUUUAUCAAGGUAUUGCACAACAAGUCCUUUGGACAGGUUAUUCAAUAGAGGAAAUACCCACAAAGGAGAUCAUCAAGACAUUAUAUGGAUCUAUUAAAGAAGAAUCAAAAAGCGUUUAA